AAAUAAAAUAAUUAACAAAUAAAAUAAAUAAGCUCCAAAAAUCACACGAAUACAAACGCGCGCCCGGAGCAAAGGAACGGGAAAUAGUGCCAGAAACAGCGGAGCAGGGCCGCAACACCCACACACACACACACACACUCACACCCACACCCAUACACAUCAAUACAAUCUCAGCCUCACGCUGGCGAAUCGCAGCGGCAGCAGCAACAACAGAGGAGGCGACUCCGGUGCCGGUGGAGGAGGGGACGGAGGACCCGCAGGUCCUUCAGUGGCCACUGGCUCUAACCGAAACAACAACAAUAAUGGCGGAGGAGCAGGCGGCGGCGGUGGUGCCGGCGGUGGCGGUGGCAACGGAGGAGGUGCAGGCGCUGGCGCCGAAGCAAACGCCGGAGGUGGAGUAGGCGGUGGCGGUGCCAAUGAAUGGAAUCCCGAAGAAAUGGACCGCUUCAGCUUCGACGACUCCAUCCGCUUCGAGGAGGACUCGCUGUGCAGCUGGAGCUCAGAGCCCGAAUCGUUGUGCAACAAUUGGCGCGGCUGGAAGAAGCCCACCAAUGCAGCCGGCGGACCUGGGGCCGGACUCGGCAUGGGUAUGGCACCAUUUGGAACGGUCGGCGGAAUGGGAGCCGGCGCUCCCGGCUCCUGUGGACCGGGCGGAAGCAGUUCGGCCAUGGUAACGAUGUCAGCCUGCGGCAGAUAUCAUGAGGUUUCCACAUUGGCCGAACUGUCCGCCCGCUGUGUCGCCUCCUACAUACCGUUCGAGCUGGUGGAGCAUGUCUAUCCGCCGGUGCCGGAGCAACUGCAGCUGCGCAUCGCUUUCUGGAGUUUCCCGGACAAUGAGGAGGACAUACGGCUGUACUCCUGCCUGGCCAAUAGCUCGGCGGAUGAGUUCAAUCGGGGCGAUCAACUGUUUCGCAUGCGAGCUGUCAAGGAUCCCCUGCAGAUAGGCUUUCAUCUGUCGGCCAGCGUGGUUAAUCAGACUCCCCGGGCGUACUUCAAUGUGGCGGUGACCUUUGACCGGCGUCGCAUCUCCUCCUGCAAUUGCACGUGCACCUCGUCGGCAUACUGGUGCUCCCAUGUGGUGGCAGUCUGUCUGCACCGCAUCCAUUGCCCGCAGGAGGUCUGCCUGCGUGCCCCUGUCUCCGAGUCCCUGACACGCCUCCAAAGGGAUCAGCUGCAAAAGUUCGCCCAAUAUUUAAUCAGUGAGCUGCCGCAGCAGAUUCUGCCGACGGCCCAGCGGCUCCUGGACGAGCUGUUGAGUGCCCAGCCGACGGCCAUCAAUACGGUGUGCGGGGCCCCAGAUCCGACGGCGGGGGCAUCGAUUAAUGACCAAACCAGCUGGUAUCUGGACGAGAAGACGCUGCACAACAACAUUAAGCGGAUCCUCAUCAAAUUCUGUUUGCCCGCCCCGAUUGUAUUCAGUGAUGUCAACUAUCUGACCAAUUCGGCUCCCCCAGCGGCGGCCGAAUGGAGCUCACUCCUGCGACCGUUGCGGGGCAGAGAGCCGGAGGGCAUGUGGAAUCUGUUGUCGAUUGUGAGGGAGAUGUACAGGCGGUGCGAUCGGAACGCGGUACGUUUGCUGGAGAUCAUCACGGAGGAGUGUAUGGCCUGCGACCAGAUACUCAUCUGGUGGUUCCAAACGAAGCUGGCCCUGAUGAUGGGCUCCCAUGGACACAGCGGGGGCAAGCACUCGAACACGCACUCGAAUUCGACGGCCCUGCAGCAUGCGUGCAGUUCGCUGUGCGACGAGAUUGUGGCCCUGUGGCGGCUGGCCGCUUUGAAUCCCGGCCUGGCGCCGGACGAGCGGGACAUGCUGCAUGCCCAGUUCACCGCCUGGCAUCUGAAGAUACUCGAUCGCGUGGUGAAGAGCCGCAUGAUGCCCUCCUCGUACACGAACAAGCACCAGAUAAACUCCCGCUCUGACACGGAGCUCUUCAUUGGCUUCAAGCCGGCCAUUGAGGCGUGCUAUCUGGACUGGGAGGACUAUCAAAUACCGGGCGUGACCCACACCCACGACACGAAUCCCAUUUACUACUCCCCCUUCACCUGCUUCAAGCACACGGAGAUCAAGGGCGACGGUGCAGCCAUUCCCCCGGGCACGCUCAUUGCCACCCAGGCCCUGAUGAGCAACAACAAGCACUACAACUACUUUAGCUCCUCCAACGAGCAUGCAACCGGUGGCCUGCAUCCGGGUGCCUUCAAGCAGCGCCUGGAUCGACCCUUCCGCGACCGACUGUAUGCGAGUCCUGCCAUCGAGUCGCCCAUCCUGGCCGGAGCGGGACGCCAAUAUUCCGCGGGACUGGGACUUGCCGCCGAGGCAGGUGGCAGCAGUGGCGUGGGAGGAGUGGCGGCAGUAAACGGAGGAGGUGCUGGAGCAGGAGGUGGCAUGUCCAAUGGCGAGGCCGAUGCCGCACAGCAGCAAAUGCCGAGCAGCUCGGCGGGAGCCAGUGGAUCGGGAGCGGGCCCGAACGUCGUAGGAGGAGGAGGCGUCCGAAGAGCACCAGCAGGCGCUGGUCGUGCCGAUGGCAACCGUUCGAGCGCCAGCAGCGAGGGAUUCUGCGAGAACGACGACUUCGGAGGCGACAACAGCAGCAGCCACAACUAUUGCACACCGGCGCAAGCUGUGCCCGGCCAGAAGUCGACCCUUACCGAGUCCGAUUCGCAGAGCAGCUUCGAUGCCGUCUCCCAGCAGAGCAAAGACGAGCCCGGCCUGGGGCCCGGCGGUGGCGUAGGCGCCGGCGGUGUGGGUGGUACCGGGGAGCAAGGAGUUUGCUCCACCUCGGACACCUCGUCGGCAUCGUCAUCCUCGUCGGCAUCGACGGCUUCGGGCAGCUCGAACAGUUCCACCUCAUCCAUGCUGAUGGCCGGACAGGAGGCUGUUGUGGAAGGAGGCUCCUCGACGCAGCAGCCAGCCCGAAGGUUGAGCAAGGACGAGUCCUUCAGCAGCAGCAGCGAUGACUUCGCCCAUGCAGCGGUGGGAAGAGGCGGAGCCAUGCCAUCUGGCAGCGGAGGAGGAGGAGUGGCCAUACCAGCAGGAGGCGAUUUGACGCCUGUGCCCAGUACCUCGGCAGCGGCUCGAGCGGCACUGGCGGCAGGUUCUGGCUCCACAGCCAUGGGACAGGCAGCUGUGCAGACGCCUCACCUGCCAGGAGCAGGGAUCGGCAUCGGCAUGGGCAUGGCAAUGGGCAUAGGACUCGGAAUGGGAAUGGGACUAGGAGGAGCAUCGAUGAAUCCACACCCACCCAGCGGCAGCAGCGUCUCCCACUCAAAUUUUGCAGCGGCCCGUGCCCUGGCUGCCGCCGUGGCUGUGGCCCACGACAAACCGCACAUCUUCUCGAAUGUGCGGCCCACAGAGGAUGCGUGGGACAUACUGCUGGCCCGGGCCGAGGGAUUGCAUGCCCACGGCCAUGGCCAGGAGGCGUGCAUACUGGCCGUGCGUCUGGCCGAACAGAUGCUGGCCAAUCCCCCCAAUCUGCUGCUGGAGCUGCCGCCCGUGCCCAAGCGGAAGGGCAAGAAGCAGAACGUGAAUCCGAUCUCCCAUCAGCUGACGGUGGUGGCCUCGGCCACCCUGUCCAAGUGCGCCUUCCUCUGCACGGUUCUGUCGGAGAACUCGGAGCACUAUCACAUCGGCUUCCGGAUAUGCCUGUUCGCGCUGGAGAUGCCUCGACCGCCGGCCAGCACCAAGCCGCUGGAGGUGAAGCUAGCCAACCAGGAGGCGGACAUUUUGGCUCUCCUCAAGCGCCUGCCCCUGGCCGCCGCGGAGCUGCAGGUGAUACGAGAGCGGGCCGAACAGCUACGCAGCGGCACAUUCAAGACCCGCGGCGAGGCCCUGCUGCCCAUCAAUCUGGCCACCUUCAUCUUUGAUGCUUUGGUCACCCUCAGUCAGCAGACCGUGGGCUCCAGCUCCGUCUCGGUGGCGGGAUCGCUGCCUAACAAGAGCCUGGUCAGCUGCGGUUCGCGGCUGCUCCUCUACAAGCAGAACAACGACGAGAAUCUGGGCUUUGAGGCCGCCGUGGCCGCUCUGGGGCUGAAGGCCAAUGUCUCCGAGGCAGAGCAUCCGUUGCUGUGCGAGGGAACGCGACGACAACGUGGCGAUCUGGCCCUGACCCUGCUCUACCACUACAAGGACGAGCCCCGGAAGAUAGCCAAGAUCAUGGAGAAGCUGCUGGACAGGGAUAUACACACCCUGCUGAAGGCCCCUCUCCUCUCUGCCUACUACUCCAGCAAUCCCCCCGUGCGGACGCCCAGCAAUCAACCCUCGCGGCGCGAGGAGCACGACUAUGGGGGAGGAUCCAGUGGAGGAUCUGGCUGCAGUGGAGGCGGAGGAGCAUCGAGCUGUAAUCCCGGCUCGGGCGUUGUCAAUCUCUGCGAACUGUUGCCGGCGGACUAUGGCAGUGUGGGCGGCAACAGCCGGCCCCAUAGCUCGACCAGUGCCGAACUGGAGCUGAGCAUGUGCGCUUUGAGCAUGGCCAUCAGCAGUGCGGGCAGCCAGUCCGGCCAGGGCAUGGUCCCCGGCGGAGGAGGAGGCGGUGGUCAGGCGGGCGGCGGCGGCGGCAACUCGGGAACGGGGGCCAAUGCCGGCACCUCUGGCAGCGGCGGCAACAGCAACAACAACAAUCCCAAUGGUAAUCCCAAUGGCUCCGGAGGAGGAGGCGGAAGCAACAGCAGCGGCCGGAGCAAGGAGAGCCGAUACAAGGGCAAACGGGCCUACCCCUCGAUACCCAACCAGCCCUCGGAGGCGAGCGCCCACUUUAUGUUCGAGCUGGCCAAGAACGUGCUGACAAAGGCCGGCGGCAAUAGCUCCACCUCGCUGUUUACGCAGGCGAGCACCAGCCAGAACCACCACGGACCCCAUCGGGCGCUGCACAUGUGCGCCUUCCAGCUGGGUCUGUACGCCCUCGGGCUGCACAACUGCGUCAGCCCGAACUGGCUGUCGCGCACGUACUCGUCGCACGUCUCCUGGAUCCUCGGCCAGGCCAUGGAGAUUGGGGCGCCGGCCAUCAGUUUCCUGAUAGACACCUGGGAGGCGCAUUUGACGCCGCCCGAGGCGGCUGGCAUGGCAGAUCGGGCCUCACGCGGCUGGGACAGCAACAUGGUGUAUCCGGCCGCCGAGCUGGCGUUGUCCGUGCUGCCGCAUGCCGCCGCCCUCAAUCCCAAUGAGAUACAGCGCGCCAUACUGCAGUGCAAGGAGCAGAGCGAUCUCAUGCUGGAGCGGGCCUGCCUCACCGUCGAAACGGCAGCCAAGGGCGGCGGCGUCUAUCCGGAGGUGCUCUUCCAGGUUGCCCGCUACUGGUACGAGCUGUAUAUGCGCGUCUCUCCCAACAACAGCGAGCACGAUCAGCACGAGGACCCCAUGGACCACUCGGCGGUCAGCCUGAGCGCCCUCAUCGAAUCCCAGCAGCAGCACGAGAUGCAGCAGCAGGUGGCGGCUCACCAGCAGCAGCAGCAGCAACAGCAGGCGGCGGCCCAGCAGCAGCAGCAGCAACAGCAGCAGCAACAACAACAGCAGCAGCAGCAGCAACAGCAGCUGGGAAUGUCGAAUCCGGGAGGGCCAGGAGCGGGUCCCCUUUCUGUGGCGGUGCCCUCGCCCGUUGUCACAUCCGUGAACACGCCGCAGGCUUUCCAGCCCGGCGUCGGAGUGAACGUGGGCGUAGGCGUGGCUGCUUUGGCGCCCAUCGGGCUGGCUCCGUAUGCGCCGUACAGCUUCUGCCAGGGAAUAUAUGCGCAUCACCACAAUCUCAGCUAUCCGCCGAGCCAGAUGCAGAUGUACAUCUCCGCGGGUCCACCGCCCCCGCCCCAGGCCUAUGCCGGAUACCAGCAGCAGCCGCAGCAGCAGCCGUCGACACAGCAACAGCAACAGCAGCAGCAGCAACAACAGGUGCAGAUGUCUGGCCAGGCGCCGCCGGGUCAUCCGGUGCAGGGCCACCAGCCGCCGCCAGCAUUCCAGGCGCCGCCACCGGGCGCUUUCCAGGCACUGCCGCCACAGGCGUAUCAGGCCCUGCAAGCGGGACCGCCAGGACCGCCGAUGGGACCACCGCAAGGCUACUACGGACCGCCGCCUCCGCCGCCGCCCAAUGGUCCGCCCGUUGGAGUGGGCGUGGGUGUGCCCAUGCGCCAGCAUCAGCAUCAACAUCCCGUGUAUCCAUUCAUGCAGCAGGCGCCACCACCUCCGCCCCAGCAGCAGCAGCCACCUCCCUCCCAGCCGCAAGUGCGACAGCGUCAGCCACAUCAAUUCACAUCCACUCAGCUGCGUUAUCUGCUGGCCGCCUACAAUGUGGGAAUGCUGGCCAUGGAGACGCUGGCGCGACGCGUUCACGAUGAUCGUCCGCAGGCCAAAUAUGCCCGCAAUCCUCCAUACGGCGAGGAUGUUAAGUGGCUGCUGAGGAUCAGCAAGAAGCUGGGCACCCAGUAUCUCCACCAGUUCUGCAUCUGUGCUGUCAACUCGAUCGUGAGUCCGUUUGUGCUGCACGACGUGGCCAUUGAGUCGGCCCACUAUCUGGGCAGGAAUAACCAUCAGCUGGUGAUGCAGCAUCUGCGUUCGGCGUUGACGCCGCUGGUGCAGAAGUGUCAGCAGAUGUACAUCCAGUGCAUACACCAGAAGCUGUAUCAUCUGACGCAGGGGGAUUACGAGGAGUUUGCCAGCAUUGUGGUGGCCGCCAGGGCCGCCUUUCAGAUCACGCCCGAGGGCAGUGCCCAGUUCAAGGACUGGCUGCAGUCCAUCAAGAGAUCGAAAUCCUGCAAGAAGGAACUGUGGACACAGAUCAAUGCGGCGCUCCAAAGCAAUUCUAAAUGACAAAGACUUGACUCCUGCACUCUGAUGACGGCAGUGGCAAAUGCAACAGCAGCAGCGGCCGCAGCGGCGGUAACGGCGGCGGCCGGCGGCACAACCACAACGACAGUUGCAACAGCCACCA